GCGGGGAUCAGGGAAGGGGAGGCAGAGCUGGGGCCAACGCCCGUCACCCGGGACGCCCGCGCCGCUCUGCCCGGCCCCACUCCCCGCUGCCGAUCUCACCGCCAGGACCGGAACCGGGAACAGCCUCCACCCCCAGAGACGCGGCCCGGCGGGACCUCGCGCAGGCUAUGGGUGGGGCCUGGCUCCACGGGCGCUGGUUGGACACUGGGCGGGGGAGGCGGGAACACGAGCAGGGGCCGGGCGUUGGUUGGACAGUGGGCGGGGGAGGCGGGAACACGAGCAGGAGCCGGGCGCUGGUUGGAAGCUGGGCGGAGGAGGCGGGAACACGAGCAGGGGCCGGGCGCUGGUUGGAAGCUGGGCGGAGGAGGCGGGAACGGCGCGCGGGCGGUAGCGAUGGCGGGCGAGGCUCUGUCGCGGGUACCGGACGUGCAGAUCGAUGGCGAUGGUGUCUUCAAGUACGUGCUGGUGCGGGUGCGCGGGGCCGGCGCGCCCGCUAAGGACGUCGUGCGAGGUCACGGCUGGGCCGAGUACCACGCCGAUAUAUUCGAGCGCACUGCGGAGGAGCUGGCGCGGCACGGCCUGAGCUGCGAGUGCCUGGGCGGCGGUCGCCUCUCCCACCGCCCCGAAGAGAGGAAGAUCCACGUCUACGGGUACUCGGUGGGCUUUGGACGAGCUGACCACGCUGUGACUACAGAGAAGCUGAAGGCCGAGUAUCCAGACUAUGAGAUCACCUGGGCAGAUGAAGGGUACUGACUCCUCUGUCUGUGCUGCCAGCCCAGGGCUGGCACAGUUGUACACAGCACCAGGGCGGUGGCAACAGGCUCCCCAUGCUCAGCGGUGCUCCAGGCUCUCCUGAUUUUCCUCUGUGUUGAACUGACGCAUUCUCCGCCAUCACCAGACUGUUCCCGUGUGGGGUGCUCCCUACUCCCUGGCUUGGCAAAGCUGGUGAAGACAGUGGUUGCUCUGCCCCGGCCUCCUGGUGCCACAUGUAUCUGUGAGAAUUAAAGUCUUUGGGAGAGCACA